AUGAACCUGCCUCUCUCCGACCCGGUCCUGCUCGCCCAAGACAUCCCCGAAACGCUCACUGCCCGCCUGCGAUCAUCCGGCCAGGCAGUCUGCAUCCGCUUCUCUCACCGCGGCGAUCUCCUGGCAUCCGGCACUGCUAAGGGCACGAUUGCCAUCUUUGACCUCGAGACCAACGGCGUCGCGCGCAAACUCAAGGGCCACACAUCUGGGCGCACCGUCCAGUCGCUGUCAUGGGAGAAGAGUGGGCGAUAUCUGCUGAGCAGCAGCAUCGAUUGGAAGGUCAUACUAUGGGACUUGAAAGAUGGGAGCAGAGUACGGACGGUCAAUCUAGGUGCGCCAGUCUACAUCGCCGAACUGCAUCCGUCCAAUUUCAAUAUCUGCGUUGCUGCACUGUACGAGUACAGGCCAGUUCUGGCAGACUUCACAGAUAGCAAAAAGGUCAAGCAGAUGGCUCUGCCCAACCUACCGAAGCGUGCGCCGCACGAGAUCGAGGGGAACGAGAAGGCGGACGCAAAGCACUUUACGACAGUCGCUGCCUUUACGCCGACUGGAUCGCAUAUCAUUACUGGCACGACCAAAGGAUGGCUGAACGUCAUUGACAGCAAAACGAAAGAGACAGUCUACAGCAACCGACUUUGUAGCAAGCCGAUUCUCCUCAUACGUUUAAGCAGCUCUGGCCGCGAUCUGCUGGUGAAUGCUUCAGACACGAUCAUUCGUACGAUCAAGCUGCCAGACCUCUCGGACCCGAACCUCCAACCGGACAGUAUACGCCUCGAAGUCGAGCACAAAUUUCAAGACGUCGUCAAUCGCCUGUCUUGGAACCAUGUUGCAUUCAGCAGCAACGCCGACUAUGUCAUGGCCUCUACGCUCAUGAAUCACGACAUCUACAUUUGGGAGCGCGGACAUGGAUCGCUCGUCAAGAUCUUGGAAGGACCGAAAGAGGAGCUGGGAGCGGUGGAGUGGCAUCCAACAAGAGCUUUCGUUGCAGCAACUGGUGUGGAAAGCGGCAGGAUAUAUCUCUGGUCAAUCAACACGCCACAGCGCUGGUCAGCUCUCGCGCCUGACUUCGUCGAGGUUGAAGAGAACGUCGAAUAUAUCGAGAAGGAAGACGAGUUCGACAUACACGACACGGCAGAGCUGACGAAGAGGCGACUGGAUCAGGAAGACGAGGACGUGGAUGUAUUGACGGUGGACGAAGAGCAACUAGAGCGGGAAGGCAGGAUAGGCAAAUUCGCAGGCGAAGAGUUCCGCAUGCCAGUAUUACUGGACAUGGGCGAGAGUGACAGCGAGGACGAGAUUGUGGCCAUUGGAACCGGCCAAUUCAGGAGAAAGAGCACAGCGCAAGCGGACGAGCUGGAAUUUGUGGACGGCGACGACGUCGCGGAUGGCGACAUUGGGACUAAUGGCCACGUUGGAACGAAGAGACGACGAGGGGAGUGA